GCUGAGGCUGGCAAGGGGACACAGACCCCGAGUCAGGGCAGCGAGAAGGCAUCCGACGGAGCCAGCAGAGCGAGAGCAGCCCAAACAAGAGGAACCGACAGAGCCGCAGGCUUCACCUGCCGAAACCCCAAACCCCAACAGCUAGGUAGAACCCGCAGAAGGAUGGCCAAUGCCCAGACGCAGGUGGCCCCCACCCCAACCAUCCCAAUGGCAGCUACAGAGGACCUGCCCCUCCCACCACCACCUGCCCUGGAGGAUCUACCACCGCCGCCACCCAAGGAGUCCUUCUCCAAGUUCUACCAGCAGCGGCAAGCCAGCGAGCUCCGCCGCCUCUACAAGCACAUCCACCCCGAGCUCCGCAAGAAUCUGGCUGAGGCCGUGGCUGAAGACUUGGCUGAGGUUCUGGGUUCCGAGGAGCCCACCGAGGGUGAUGUCCAGUGCAUGCGCUGGAUCUUUGAGAACUGGCGGCUCGAUGCCAUUGGGGACCAUGAGAAGCCACCUGCCAAGGAGUCUGUGCCCGGUGGCAACGUCCAGGCCACCUCCCGCAAGUUUGAGGAAGGCUCCUUUGCUAAUAGCAUAAACCAGGAGCCGGCUGGACCUCGGCCAUCUGGAGGGGACGUGCGUGCAGCCCGCCAGCUGUUUGAGACGAAGCCGCUGGAUGCACUGACAGUUCGUGCUGAAGCAUCAGAGGCUACAGUGAGGGAGCCUGCAGCCAGCGGAGACGUCCAGGGUACCAGGAUGCUCUUUGAGACACGGCCACUGGACCGCCUUGGCUCCCGCCGCUCCACCCAGGAGCAGAGCCCCUUGGAGCUGCGCUCAGAGAUCCAGGAGCUGAAAGGCGAUGUGAAGAAGACGGUGAAGCUAUUCCAAACAGAGCCGCUGUGUGCCAUCCGGGACUCAGAGGGCGCCAUCCACGAGGUCAAGGCCGCCUACCGGGAGGAGAUCCAAAGCAACGCAGUGAGGUCUGGCCGUUGGCUCUUCGAGACCAAGCCUCUGGAUGCCAUCAACCGGGACCCCAGCCAGGUGCGGGUGAUCCGGGGGAUCUCCCUGGAGGAGGCAGCCCGGCCCGAUGUCAGUGCGACUCGCUGGAUCUUUGAGACACAGCCCCUGGAUGCGAUCCGGGAGAUCUUAGUGGAUGAGCAGGACUUCCAGCCAUCCCCGGACCUUAUCCCUCCCGGUCCGGAUGUUCAGCAGCAGCGGCGUCUGUUUGAGACCCGAGCAUUAGACACUCUCAAGGGGGAAGAGGAGGCUGGAGCAGAGGCCCCACCCAAAGAGGCAGUGGUCCCCGGUGACGUCCGCUCCACCCUGUGGCUAUUUGAGACAAAGCCCCUGGACACCCUCAGAGACAAUGUCCAAGUGGGUCACCUGCAGCGGGUGGGUCCCCAGGAGGGCGAGAGGUUCACAAAUGAGCGUCUAUCCAAUGCUGACCCCUCAGCACCAACCCUCUCUCAGGGUGCCCCCGAGAGGGAUGGGGUGAAGGGAGAUGUGAAGACCUUCAAGAACCUUUUUGAGACCCUUCCCCUGGACAGUAUCGGGCAGGGGGAAGCUUUGGCCCCUGGGAGCAUAUGCAGAGCAGAAGGAACUGAUUCCGCCGGGCAGUCCCAGGACACAGGGUCCCCAGUGUACGCCAUGCAGGAUGGCAAAGGUCACCUCCAUGCCCUGACCUCCGUCAGCAGAGAACAGGUAGUCGGAGGUGACGUGCAAGGUUACAAGUGGAUGUUUGAGACACAGCCCCUAGACCGACUAGGCCGAAGCCCCAGUACCGUCGAUGUGGUGCGGGGCAUCACCCGGCAGGAAGUGGUGGCUGGAGAUGUGGGCACUGCCCGGUGGCUCUUUGAGACACAGCCCCUGGAGGUAAUCCACCAACGGGAGCAGCAGGAACGAGAGGAAGAAGAAGGAAAGCCUCAGGGAGGCCCUCAGCCCGAAACACCCCACAAGGGUGACGUGCAGACCAUCCGCUGGUUGUUUGAGACGUGCCCGAUGAGUGAGCUGGCCGAGAGGCAGGGGUCAGAGGUCACAGACCCCACAAGCAAGGCACGGUCGUGCACCUGGAUGUUCGCGCCCCAAUCCCCGGACUGGCCAGAAGGCUCCAAGGAGCAGCACCUUGAGGUGAGCCAGGUCCAGGCUGGGGAAAGACAGACAGAGAGACACGUCUUUGAAACUGAGCCUCUGCAGGCCGCGGGCCACCCCUGCAGAAGGGGGCCUGUGCGGUACUGCAGCAGAGUGGACAUCCCCUCAGGGCAGGUGUCUCGUCAGAAGGAGGUUUUCCAGGCUCUGGAGGCCGGCAAGAAGGAAGACCAGGGACCCAGAGAAAUCCCUGAGCCCAUCCCAGUGGGCUCAGUGCACAAGUUCACCUGGCUCUUUGAGAACUGCCCCAUGGGCUCCCCGGUAGCUGAGAGCAUCCGAGGGGGCAACCUCCAGGAAGAGCAGCCUGUGGGUCCCUCAGGCAAGGGGGUGCCGGAGAGGCAAGAGACUGUGGCCGAGGGGACCCUGCGGACGCUGCACGCCACGCCUGGUGUCCUGCACCAUGGAGGCAUCCUCAUGGAGGCCCGAGGGCCAGGGGAGCUCUGCCUCGCCAGGUACGUGCUCCCAUGCCCAGGGCAGGGCAGCCCCCACGUUCGGAAGGAGGAGCUGGUGUCUGGGGAACUCCCCAGGAUCGUCCGCCAAGUGCUGCGCCGGGCAGACGUGGACCAGCAGGGGCUGCUGGUGCAGGAGGACCCCGCGGGCCAGCUUCACCUCAAGCCGCUGAAGCUGCCAGCGCCAGGCAGCAGCGGGAGCAUCGAAGACAUGGACCCUGAGUUCCAGGAGUUGCUGGCUUGUGGCCUCGGGACCUCGGCGGGGAGGAUGGGGCUGGUAAUGCAGGAGACAGAGCAGGGCCUGGUGGCGCUGACCGCCUACUCCCUGCAACCCUGGCUAGCCAGCAGGGCCCCCGAAAGGAGUAGUGUGCAGCUGCUGGCCGGCUGCAUAAACAAAGGAGACCUGAGUGGCCUGCACAGUCUGCGGUGGGAGCCGCCGGCUGACUCAAGUCCCGUGCCGGCCAGUGAGGGGGCCCAGAAGCUGCCCCCAGCUGAAAGCAUCAUCCACGUUCCCCCACUGGACCCUGGCAAGGGGAUAGGGCAUCUGAGAGGGCCGGGGGCCACCCCCUGCGCCCCACAGGCCGCUGGAAAGGCAGUCUCUCUGGCUGGGGAAGAAAAGCAGGAAAGCAAGUGCACUGGGCAGAAAGGGGCGGCAGCUUUAGGAAAGUCAGAGGGAGCCAUGACUAUGCCCCCAGGACCUAGGUUUCCAGCCCUCCAGGUCACUAUGCAGAGUCGAAGGACGCCAACAGCCGAAGCCCAAAGCCUGCAGCAGCAAGCUCGGAACAAGCACAAGCCGGGCCCCGCCCCUGGGGCCGCCUCUCUGCCCACCCAGGAUGGGCUUCCGCAAGCACCGGCCGCAGGGACUGCCCAGAGCAGCAGCAAGCCUCUGGCGGGAGGCAACCCCAGGAUCCCAGCAGCCCCCAGCAAGGUCAGUGGGGAACAGAAAGCACUGCCUGGAGGGCUAUCUGGGGGGUGGGUGACUAUUCAGGAUGGCAUCUACACUGCUCAUCCCGUCAGGACCUUCGACCUACCCGGGGCUGUCCGGCCAUCUGAGCAAGGACCCUUUCCACUCCUGGAAGGCCCGGGUCAGAGUCUCGGGCCCGGGCAAGAGGAGCUGGGGGGCCACACACAGAAGGCCUGGGGGCCUCCAGAGAAGGUGAUGGCAGGACUCGGCCCAGGGGGCCUCCAAGCUGCAAAGACCACCCUGAAGGCUGCCUCUUUAGCCCACCACACUCGGGCCUCUAAGCCUCGGGCAGCAGGUGCCAGUCUGCACUCUCGUAACGCCUCUGUUCCUCCUCCUCCUCCUCUCCCAGCUUCUGUGAUGGAACCGGACUUCCCAGCCCAACCCAGGCAUGAUGAGAAUUCCAUCCGGCAGACUUCCAAGCCCACGCAAGACCCCCUUCUUCACUCCCACAACAGCCCUGCUGGCCAGAAAAGCCCUGGGGAGUCACAGACAAAGACCCUGAAACCAGAGCCUCCCACACACCUGAGAAAGAAGCCCCAGCUGCCCCCCAAACCUGCACACCUAAGCCAGCUCCCCCUUCCUCGCUGGCUGUCCAAGCCCUCAGCCCUGGCUCACAGCGCCGCUGAGGAGGGUGGGCAAGGAAAAUACAAACAAGGUGAGACUGCUACAGCCGGCCGCGACCCUCGGCCAAACAAAGUCUCCAUCGCUGCAGACCAGGGCCCUACUGGACAGAGCCAGCCCAGCCCCCAGCAUGGCCCCAGCACCAUGGCCCCCAGCCCCACCAAGAGCCAGGCGAUGGGCAGCAACAACCACAGCCCUGACCCCCUCAGGCUCUCAGCUCUCAGCAGCCACCCCAUCUCACUGCAGCAGGGCCCUAGCCUCACAGGAGAGAAGUGCUCGGACAGUUCCCAGCAAGGGACCCCCAAGAGCCCUGAGAUUCUGCAGGGAGGCCAGCAAGAGCUCCAGGGCUUCCUGAGCCAGGUGCAAGCUCUGGAGAAGGAGGCCGAAAGCACUGUGGAUGUGCGGGCGCUGCGGAGGCUCUUUGAGGCUGUGCCCCAGCUGCCAGGAGCCCCUCUGGCUCCCGCUAUCUGUGGCAAGCCUGAGGCCUCGGUAGAGCAGGCCUUUGGGGAGCUGACGAGGGUUAGCACAGAAGUGGCCCGGCUGAAGGAACAGACCCUGGCCAGGCUGCUGAACAUCGAGGAGGCCGUGCACAAGGCGCUCAGCUCCAUGUCUAGCCUCCAGCCUGGGACUAACACCAGGGGCCAUUCCCAGGGACCCCCAAAGGAACACAGUGCCCACGAGAUCAGUGUCACAGACAGCGGGAGAGUCGGGCCCAACUGCUCAGGCCAGGAGGUCAAAAGUCAAACUCUAGUCAAGAGCCAAACUGAGGUUACAAGCCAUACUGAGGUCCAGAGUCAAGCCAAGGUCAGAAAUCACUCAGAAGCUGGAAGCCAAGCAGCCCUGGCCACCCCUUCCACCAGGAAGCUGGAGACCUUGAGAGAAGACUCGCACCUUCCCCAAGCGUUACCUCUCAGCAGAGAGUCACCCUCUUCCCCAACCUUUAUCUCCAUGGAGUCGGCCACAAGGAAGCUUCCGGAGGAGGCCAGCCCCAGGGGCAACCCUGAGAUCUCUGUGAAGGGGGCACAUUUCACCCAGGAUGAAUGCCAGACUCAGCCCCACCAGAAAGCUAUCUGGCACAAGGCUGGAGAGAAAGAGGCCCCCCAGCUCUCUGGACCGCCACCACCUGGCCCUGCUGCAGCCAGCGCCCUGCCCACCAGGCAGAAGGGUGCUCUGGAGCUGCAGACAGCGCCGGGUGGCUCCCGGCACUACGGAGCCACAGGACCAGGGACUGAGAGGGUGGACCAGUGCAGGACCACAGCGCUCGUGUCCCCCACCACGGUCACUGAGCCCGCCGAGCCACCCAGGGGCCCAGGCCCCCACCUCGGGCACCACACUUCCCCCUUGAUGAGGCAGUUUCUGCACAGCCAGACUGGGCUCAGCACGGGCCUGGCAGAAGCUGAGAUGCUGCGUGUGCCCUGUGGCCACCCCACACCAGCUGCGCAGUGAGCCCCUCCGUCUGCCACCACAGUCUUCCACCCACCUCCAGGGGCCCGAGACGGAGGUGGGUGCUCACCUCCUGCACGCACGGGGAAAGAACCAAAAAGAAAGGGCAUGUUCUGAGAUCCAGGGGCAGUUUCCCUUUCAUCAGUAGCAUCCAUGGGCCAGGUUCCUGCAAAAGGCAGCGGGGGAUGAUAGGGAAGAAGCCCUAUGGAGUAGCCCAAGCCCAGCAACAGAAUGGGGGCUUGUGGCUGCUUGUGGAGCAUAUAAUGUGCACAGAAACACACGCUUCUCACACAGGUCUGGCCCGCACGCCAACACAAGUGAGUCUGCAUGCCACUGCCUGCGAUUGAGCCCCCUGAGCGACCUUCCACUUUUUCAGUCUUUAUUUCUUUAAUACGAGUCAAAUGUUCUCAGCCUUCUGCUCUUUAAUUCCUAGAGAAGACAGGGCCAGCCGGAUUGGUCUCUGUGACAUGUUGACUAGGGCCCCAGAAGGGCCCCGUCAUCAGCAUCUCCCUCAUUCAGCGGGUCAUCCUGGCAGCACAAAUUUCACACGAAGUCUACGAUCACCAAUGUCCCUAGAAGCCAAAGAUUCUCUCCACCCCCACAGCCUCUCACUUUGUACCCCAAAGAGGAAGGAUACAGUCUAAUAAACCAAAGUUUUAUUCCCUUC